AUGGUUAACUUCUGGAGCUCGGCUUUCAUCCUACCGGCCAAGUGUUAUGACACCAUUGAAAGCAUGUGCAGCGCGUUUCUAUGGUCGGGCUCACCUACACAAACUCACAAAGCUAAAGUCAGUUGGGAAGAUCUCUCCUUACCUAAGGACGAAGGUGGACUGGGAGUGAGGAAGUUCAAGGACACAGCGAGAACCUUCGCUCUUAAACUCAUUUGGAGACUUUUCACAAAACCGGCUUCUCUAUGGGGUUGUGGCUACUGUGGAGAGAUAAAUGAAACAAGAGAACACCUGUUCUUUGCCUGCCCAUACUCCUACACGAUAUGGGAAUCUCUGGCAAGACCACUUGUUGGACGAAACAUCAACCCCGAUUGGGAAUGGACUGUCAAUCGGCUGCGUACUAUGGGAGGGAAAAGCCUAGACUCAAUCCUCGCAAGGAUGCUUUUCCAAACAACCGUGUACUACAUCUGGAAGGAAAGAAAUUCAAGGCGUCACCGGCAAGGAGGGAUACAGACUGAUCAACUAAGAAGAUUCAUAGACAAGGCGGUGCGAAACCGCAUCUGCUCUUUGCGAUACGCUCAUGGCCACAAACUGGAAGGGCUACUUAGAAGAUGGUUCGAAGUUACUCUUUAG